AUGAAGGAGACUGCUCCUUGCACCAAAGCGCUCUGGCAUGAACCAGAGGGCAGCUGGCCCAGGCGACCACGGCACUGGUGCAGAAAAGAGCCCAAGCCUCAGCCCCAGCUGGGGCCGGCUUCGGAGCGGGAGUCGUCGGAGCGCGUGCGGAGAUCCGAGCCUGGGUCCGAGACGUCGCCUGAGCCUCGGCCCGGCCCUGGGCAGGAAACGGAACUCCUGGGGUUGCGGCCGAGGUCAGAACCGGGCCCAGGUGCAGGGCCCGGGUCGUUGAGCAGGGUCUUAGCGGAGCACCUGGCCCCGCUGGGGUCCUCAGUGGAGAGCGAGCCCUUGCUCAAACCCGAGUUUGGGUCGGUGCCAAAGCCUCUGCCUCUUCUGCGACCAGGACAGGCGAAGACGCCUCUCGGGGUUCCAGUGUCUGGGAACAGCUCGACCUCCAGUGACCCGAUGGCCUCACUCCCUCUGGACAGCUACAAGGGCUGGCUUCUCAAGUGGACCAACUACCUGAAGGGCUACCAGCGCCGCUGGUUCGUGCUCGGCAAUGGUCUGCUGUCCUACUACAGAAAUCAGGGUGAAAUGGCCCACACCUGCCGUGGAACCAUCAACCUGGCCACUGUGCAGAUUGGCAUGGAAGACUCUUGUGGUAUUUUGUUGAUCAGUGGGGCAAGGAACUAUCACCUCAAGGGCAGCUCAGAGGUGGACCGGCAGCAGUGGAUCACUGCCCUGGAGCUGGCCAAGGCCAAGGCUGUCCGCAUGAUGAACACCCAUUCAGGAAACUUGUACAGUCCCGGCCAUCAGUACGCAGAUGGAAUUCACUGAAGGCAACUCACUUCAGACAAGGGUCUGUGCCUCUUCUGGUCCUCUGGGACAUGUAAUAUCAUCUCAGAGGAAGGGAAGCUUGUUCAGAGAGUACACUUAUCUAAAGGCAGAUGAAUAACUCUAUAAUACUGAAAACACAGUUGCUCCCCAGGUCAUAUAAAAUCUUGCCAUUGGGAAUGUCUGCAGAAGAAUGCAACUCAUGGAGAUUUCUUGGAAAUAGAAAAACCCUAUAGCACCUUGGUGCAAAAUAUAACUUUUCUCAAACUGAUGCCACUUUCAGUAUUGUUCUUUGGCACCAGAAAUUUCCCAGGGCAGUGUUAACCAGACAAUGCCAGAGAAGAGAGCCUGGGUCUCAGAACUGUCCACUAUAAUCACAUGAGGCUGCGUUAAUUGAAGAUUGCUUUCAACUUAUGAAUAUCUGAAGAAUUAAUCCCACACAGAGAAUUUAGAAGCAGAACGGCCUUUUCAGAAUUAGCACAGGUUUCUAAGAUUCCGUCCUUGGUGGGUUAUCUCACAGAGCAAAGUCUCUAACUACUUAUUAAAAUACUGUAGGUCCAAAUCCUAACUUUUCAUUCUUAUCAAACAUAUUUUUAUAUGUAUGGUAGUUCACUUAGUGACAAAGAUGCCAUUCAAAGUGUUUGGGAAAGAAGGGACCAAGUUCAACAAGUGCAUUCAUAUCCUCUCAGAAUUUGUUUUUGUGUUACUUGUG